UGCCGAGGCCCCGACGUGUACGAAUGCGGAUCCGGCGAAUGCAUCAGCGUCCUCCUGCGCUGCAACCAGGCGAAAGACUGCGAGGACGGAAGCGACGAACGCGACUGCACCUGCGCCGAACUCCUCCAGGCCAAAUUCCUCCUCCGCAAGAUCUGCGACGGCGUCUCGGACUGCUGGGACUUCUCGGACGAGAAGAACUGCGAAUGGUGCACGCCGGGUCAAUAUCACUGUCUGGAGAGCCAGAGCUGCGUCGACCGAGAUCGAGUCUGCGACGGGAUCCACGACUGCCCCUACGGCGACGACGAAUCCCACUGCGUCACCGUCUCCCCGACGGAGUCCGAGGCCGACGACCACCUCUAUCAUCGACACGGGUUUCUCAUGAUCCGGAAAGGCGGGAAUUGGGGGAAAUUGUGCCUGGAGAACUUCAACGAGAUCGUCCGAGAGGCCGACACUCACUGGGCCAUCACCGAUAUCGGCCGUGCCGCUUGCCGGGCUCUCACCUACACGUGA